AUGAACCCAGAGCAAGAAUCAAAUCAAAAUGAACAACUUUCAAGGUCACCUUCGAUUGAUUCUGACUCAUCAAAUUCAACAAAAAGCAAAGACAAAAAUCAAUCAUCAACAAAUCUACGACCUUCAUUACAAAAUUCAGUAAGAUCAGUCUCCACAUCAAAUAUUUCAAAUAAUGGUAGUAAAAGAACUCAUCCUCCACCAAGACUUAAAACUCAUAAUAGAUCUUUAUCUCAUAAUAAAUUAGUAAAAUUAUCAACAUCAUCCAAUACUAAUUUGUCGCGGCCAAAUCUUAACAGAUCGAAAUCAACCGAUGGAUUAAUGAAAGGAAGACAAACAGCUGCUGCAUUGAAGCGAAAUAACAAAUCUUUCACAAAAAUAGCAGGCUUACAACCAUUGACUAAAACAGUAUCCAAUCAAUCUAUUAAAUCUAAUAAAUCCAAUACUUCACUUAAACAAUUUGGUCUGACUUCAUCAGUUGGAAUAAAAUCGAGUGCAAGGAAAGGUAAAGCGAUAAUGAAUUUAAAUGAUGAUGAUAGAGACUAUGAAGAUGUAGAUGAAGAGCCAGAUGCACCAGUACCGGAAAGAUUUGAUAGUCAAGAAACAAUAUCUACCACUCAUCUGAAUUCAGAUCAAAAUAUUCCAAGUUUAUAUGAACAAAUUAAUAGAAUCUUACCAGAUCCGGCUGUUGAGCAAGAAAAACCAAAACUUGAAGUUUUACAAGAAAACAUUGACAAAGAAGAACCCAAGAGACCAGAUUUAGUCUCUUCUGUACAAAGUUCAGCUGAAGAUUUUAAAAGUAAUUUAUAUGGUGGAUCCCUUUUAUUGUCUCAAUCAACAGGAGUAGUACGAAAGAUAGAACCAAUCAGUUCAAAAGCGUACGCUGAACCAUUACCGGAAUCUACAAGUGGUAUUUCAUUUAAAGCUAAUCCUAUGGAGUCUAAUUUAGCUCAACCUGUUACAACAAAUCAAAAUGUAAUACAAAAAAAUUCAUAUCAACCAGAUCAAACUAUUUUCAAUAAUUUACAAAGAACUAAUAAUCAAUAUAUGCAAAAGAAUCCAAUAAAGCAUCAACAUUCACAUUUACAAACUAAACCUGUUAGUAAUUUAAAAAAUGGAACUAAUAAUUUCAAUGAAUUUUUACGAAGUAACAGCUCAGAUCAACAUCAAACGAAAAAUAUUGAGACUAGGACCCAGCAGAAAUUAUGGCUACAGAGAGAAAGUUCAUUAUUAGAUGUAACAAACAUGAAUCAGAACAAGUGUAAUUUUUCAAACUUAUCAUUAAAUAAUUUAAUGUUUUCACAUAAUUACCCAAAUUCUUAUGGUCUGCUGCAUAUAUUACCUUCUAGUGUUGGUCCAAUGACCCCAGUUACACCGGAGAAUUAUAUUCAAGAAGGGUACACUACAAAUUCCAAUAACAAUUCAACUACGAAUAUAAAUGGUUUACUUUUGAUGGUUCAAAAUUCACAUCAAAAUUCAAUUCAAGUACGUACAGAAUUCGAAAGAUUAAAUCGAGAAUACUUAAAUGUGAGAAGAAAUUUGAAUCCCGUAGCUGGAAGUUUGAAUAGAAUUGAAAAUAAAAAUGAAAUUAAAGUAAUUAAAGGAAAGAAAAGAACUGAUUCCAAUGCAAAUACUUUUGAAGAAUACGCUCCCGCAUGGAGAGAUAAACAAAAUGAAAUUGCAGGGAAGGUAAACAAAAUUUGGCAAGAUGCAAUAUAUUCAACAUUGUCUAGUAAAUUAAUUGGUCAAGAUCAGCUUUCAAAUUCUAGAAUGUCAUCCUUUAGUGGUAAUCAACCAUAUAGAAGUAAAACUAAACUCCAAAACGAAUAA